AUGUCUGCCGACGUUGCUACCACUCCCGCCACCGACAACACUGUCAACGGCACCCCCGAGGCCGGUAACGCCGCUGCCCCCAAUGCCGCUGAGGCCACUGCGGUUGAGAGCUCCUCUCCUUCUGCUACCCCCAACACCCAGCCCCACUCUGCUUCCCUCUAUGUUGGUGAGCUGGACCCCUCGGUCACCGAGGCCAUGCUCUACGAGCUCUUCUCCUCCAUCGGCCAGGUCGCCUCCAUCCGUGUCUGCCGUGACGCCGUGACCAGACGCUCUCUUGGAUAUGCCUACGUUAACUACAACAACACCGCCGAUGGUGAGCGUGCCCUCGAGGACCUUAACUAUACUCUGAUCAAGGGCAAGCCUUGCCGUAUCAUGUGGUCCCAGCGUGACCCUGCUCUGCGCAAGACUGGCCAGGGCAACGUUUUCAUCAAGAACCUGGACAACGCCAUUGAUAACAAGGCCCUCCACGACACCUUCGCUGCCUUCGGUAACAUUCUUAGCUGCAAGGUCGCUCAGGAUGAGUUUGCCAACUCCAAGGGCUAUGGUUUCGUCCACUAUGAGACCGCCGAGGCCGCUAACAACGCCAUCAAGCACGUCAACGGUAUGCUGUUGAACGACAAGAAGGUCUUCGUCGGACACCACAUCUCCAAGAAGGACCGCCAGAGCAAGUUCGAGGAGAUGAAGGCCAACUUCACCAACAUCUACGUCAAGAACGUCGACCCCGAGGUCACUGACGAGGAGUUCCGUGAGCUCUUCGAGAAGUUCGGUGACAUCACCUCCGCUACCCUGAGCCGUGACCAGGAUGGCAAGAGCCGUGGCUUCGGUUUCGUUAACUUCUCGACCCACGAGAGUGCGCAGGCCGCCGUCGAAGAGGUCAACGAGAAGGAGGUCAAGAGCCAGAAGCUCUACGUCGGCCGUGCCCAGAAGAAGCACGAGCGUGAGGAGGAGCUCCGCAAGCAGUACGAGGCUGCCCGCUUGGAGAAGGCCUCCAAGUACCAGGGUGUCAACCUCUACGUGAAGAAUCUCACUGAUGACGUUGACGAUGAGAAGCUCCGUGAGCUUUUCGGCCCCUACGGAACCAUCACCUCCGCCAAGAUCAUGCGUGACACCAACGUUGAGCAGGGUGAGACCUCCGAGUCCGAGAAGGAGACCAACAAGGAGAACGAGAAGGAGUCUGGAGAGGCCGAGAAGACUGAGAAGACUGAGGAGAAGGAGUCCGAUGAGGACAAGGAGUCCAAGAAGGCCGAGAAGGGCGAGAAGAAGACCCUUGGCAAGAGCAAGGGCUUCGGUUUCGUUUGCUUCAGCAGCCCUGACGAGGCCUCCAAGGCUGUGACUGAGAUGAACCAGAGAAUGGUCAACGGCAAGCCUCUGUACGUUGCCCUUGCCCAGCGCAAGGAUGUCCGCAGAAGCCAGCUCGAGGCCAGCAUCCAGGCUCGCAACACCAUCAGACAACAGCAGGCUGCCGCCGCCGCUGGCAUGCCCCAGCCUUACAUGCAGCCCGCCGUCUUCUACGGACCUGGUCAGCAGGGCUUCAUCCCCGCUGGUGCUCAGCGCGGUGGAUUGCCUUUUGCCCCUCAGCCCGGUAUGGUCAUGACUGGUAUCCCUGGCGGACGCCCUGGCCAGUUCCCCGGUCCUUUCCCUCAGCAGGGUGGACGUGGCGUUGGCCCCAACCAGCAGCUUCCCCCCAACUUCGCCCAGGGUAUCCCCAUGGGUGCUAUGCAGGGACCCGGAGGCAUCCCUAACGGCAUGGGUUACCCCAUGGGUCAGGUUCAGUUCGGACGCGGUGCUGGUGGCCGUGGCCAGGUUCCUGGAAUGCCUAUGGGCCAGGGUAUGCGUGGCGGUCCUGGUUUCGGCCAGGGUCGUGGUGGUGUCCCUCUUCAAGGCCAGAUGCGCCCUGGUCAGGGUGGCCGUGGGCAGAACGCUGCUCAGCCCGCUGCCCGUGAUGAGGCCGCUCCCGCCACUGGUAUCACCUCCCAGGCUCUGACUUCCGCCCCUCCUGCUCAGCAGAAGCAGAUGCUGGGUGAAGCUCUCUACCCCAAGAUCCAGGUCCAGCAGCCCGAGCUCGCUGGAAAGAUCACUGGCAUGCUUUUGGAGAUGGAGAACACCGAGCUCCUUAGCCUGCUUGAGGACGAGGAGGCCCUGCGCGCCAAGGUUGACGAGGCCCUCAGUGUUUAUGACGAGUACAUGAAGAACAAGACUGAUGAGGGUGAGGCAACCGGCGAGCCCGCCAAGCCCAAGGAGGCUGCCAAGGUGGACUCGACCGAGGAGAACAAGUCGUAG